CUCGCACACAGUAGCAGACGCACGAGGAAGGGCACCCGUGCACGCACGCCGUCAGUCGCACAACAAGCUCGCGCUACCCACACACACACACGCGGGCGUGUAUAUUAACAACCGCUGGUACGGAAACACCACUGCACCUCUGAAUCAAGAAAAUAAAUCAGAAGCCCAACGACGAUGCGUCGUCAGUGAGAGACAUCGUGAUCUAUCUGCCGCGCGGAGUAUAGAAAUCUAGAAACGCGGCGAACGCGUUCGGUUCGUUGUCGAAUUAACUCCGCAUCCGUUUCUCUAUAUCGCGUCGGAGAUACACGUAUAUGUGGUAGAGGCCGCGGCGUCGGCAGCAUGCGGUGUGUGACAGUGCUGUGUGUGCUCGCCAGCCUGACAGCGGGAGUGACGGCCGUCUGCAGAGAGAACUACUACGGGGACGACUGCUCCGUGUUCUGCGUGGCCCGCGACGACUGCGGAGGGCACUACGACUGCGAGCAGUUCACGGGCGCGAAGUUGUGCUUGUCCGGAUGGCGGGGAGACGGCUGCAAGCAGAAGCUGCCCGGGAUACCCGGCGUCACGGAUUGUCUCUCAGGUGAUGUGUGCCAGAAUGGGGGCACGUGUGUGCUUCAGGGCGUCGGCUCCAGCUCGUACAGCUGCUGCUGUGCCGUGGGCUUCACUGGACGUCACUGUGAGACCAACAUAAACGAAUGUGCCAGACGACCUUGUAGAAACGGCGGUACCUGUUACGAGGGGGCGCCAGGGUCGUACCGGUGCGAAUGUAUCCCAGGGUUCUAUGGGAGAAAUUGCGCUGGUGUGGCCCGUGGAUUGACCUGUGAGAGUACACCGUGUCACAAUGAAGCAGUCUGCGUUGACACAGCUUUCGGCUUCUCUUGCGAGUGCAAGCCCGACUACACCGGCUACACGUGUGACACACGUGUCGCCUGUACGGACAGGCCUUGCCGAAACGGCGCGAUCUGUCAAGACGACGGCUUCGGAGGGUUUUCUUGCCACUGCCCCUUCAACUAUAAGGGCGUGCGAUGCGAAACCAGGAAGACGUGCGCGGAUCAACCAUGCCAAUUCGGUGGCACCUGCUCGCCGGACAGGACCCAGGGCUUCGUCUGCGCAUGCCCCAUCCACCUGCGCGGAGAAGUCUGCCACUUGUCGAUGACCUGCGCCGACAACCCCUGCGCGCCGUGGUCGACAUGCGUUUCCGACCACAUCUUCGGCUACCGCUGCGUCUGCCCGACGAACCACCAGGGGGCGCAGUGCUACGAUUGCGCGAGCGGGCACGCCGGCGGCGACUGCGCCACGCGCUUCCUCACGAGCACGUUCCUCGUUGGCGGCGGGCAGCGAUUCGCCGAGGGGAACGUCGCGCACGUCGACCCGACGCGCUACUACACCAGCUACUACACGAGCUUCCGCAAACCCGAGGCGAGCAUCUACGACCCGCUCAACGGCGAGAUCUUCAUCGACUUUGCCGACCGGGGCGCGCCGCGCGCGACCCCCACGCGGGUCCCGCGCCAGUUCCAGACGAGGUUCGUGACGACGGAUGGCAAGGGAGGAGGCGAUCUCCUCAUCCCGGGUCUCGGGUCGCUGGAUCCGUCCCAAAUCGGACCGACCCAGCCUCUCCCGGGCGGUCGGAUCGUGACGAGCACGGUGGUGGAGAACGGCGUGACGAGGCGGGUGCUCGUGCGUGAGUACACGGACACCUACGUGCAGUACUCGACUGUGGGAACGCCGGGACGCGGGCCGGUCGAGUACUCGACCAUCUCCUACGUGAGCUACAUCGACCGCAUCCUCCAGCCCAACGUCAUCACGAGCUACCUGACCAGCACCCUCGCGGUGAGAAGCACGCGCUACCUCACCAGUACGAUCACGUUGCCGGGGCAGACAGAGGGCGUUAGAAGCACGCGCUAUCUCACCAGUACGAUCAAGUUGCCGGGUCCGAGGCAGACGCCGCGUGUGAGAAGUACUCGCUACCUGACAAGUACCAUCGGGUUGCCGGAGCGAAGAGAGACAGUCUACUCCACGGUGCAACCACGAACCAUCUAUCUGACAAACACGCUUACGAGCACGAUACAGCCGUCCUACGUUACGAAAGUUCAUACAAGUACGCUGGCGCCGGAAUAUGUGACAAGUUAUUACACAACCACAGUGAAGCCGUCAAUGGAAGCCACCCCUCUUUUCCCAUCUCACACAGAUGAAUUUGGUAGCACAAUAUACGCAACACCAGUGUUACCUACAUCUACUGCCACAUUGGGUGCUGGACUACCUGUCCUGCUUCGAGGUCAGGUGCUGCGUCUCACAGGUAUCCAGCUGUUUGACUAUGACGAGGAUUUGGUGCUGCAACGCCUAGCAACAGCGUGGCGGUCCGCCAACCCACGUCUGGAAUAUGUUGAUUUCAAUAUCACUGUGGAAAGCGUGGAAGAUGGAAUAAGUCCUCUAGGGAAUGAUGUGAUAACAGUUGUGUACAAGCUACAAACUAUCAACGAUGCUGGGUCUCUCACGCGUCCCAAUAGACAACGACUGAAUGCCGUCUUUACAAACAACUACUCAUCAGCGCCACCGAUUAGUGCUCACAAUGCAUAUGCAGUAUACAUACAGUGGCCGUGGGCUUAUGCAAUUAACAGAACACUGGCUGAAUCAGCAUUGGCGAACGCCUGGCAAAGAGCAAAUCCUGGUUUGAGAGAAUCAGCUGUGACCGUGGAUCUGAGAAGGGUGGAACCAUAUCUUGGUGACAGCGGGGAGCAGGUGGAGCAACUGAUGUACUUUGUAUACGUGAGUGGCCGUCUGCUGACACCAGGCAGCACCAGCUACAGAGAACCGUCACUUACGCAAUACACCAACGAGCUUCGUGACUACGGGUAUGCUCCUCUGUACGCGGGCCCGACGCACAGACGCUACGUCUACCACUUCCCGCUCUUCGUCGAGGGCAAAGUGUACGAGGUCGACGUCUCUCGCCUUCAGGAUGCGCUGCAGCGCGUUUGGGUGCGCAAACUGGGCAGGAGGGAUGUGACUGUCGAUCUGUCUCCCGCAGAACUGGAAUACGUCAACAUGAACGGAGACACGUUCACUCAGCUCAUCUACUUCCUCAACAUCGGCGACACGACGUGGCCUUCCAAGAACUUCGCCAACAUGCAGCCGCUUGUCUCCGAGUUCAUCCGCGAGGUGUCGCGCGUACAGCGGCCGCUCAGCAACAUCCCAUACCGCGUGGUUGCCGACGAAGGAGGGUUCAUACCGUACAGCUACCUGUACCAGGUCAACCUCCUCGGUUACGUGAACGUCGACGAUAACGAGAUGCUGCGUGUGCUGAGGAGGGCGUGGAGCGACACGUACCCAGAUGCCCAGUUUAACGUAAAAAUGAUCAACGUUGAGCCAGGAAUUGGAGACUUUGGGUUGCCAGUAACAAUGGUGCAUUAUGCAGUCACCGAUAACAAUGAUCGAUUGACCAACUCUGACUACCAGCCUGCUCCCACCCUCCAGUCUUAUCUCACGCCCAAAUAUAAAGUGGCCAAUACACGAAAUCUGUUGAGGAAUAAACAGGGCUUUGAUCUAUAUGUCAUUGGUACUCCUGAGACGACGUUUAAUAGGAGAGAUGAUCUGGAGAAUGCAAUUGUGUCAACAUGGUCAGCUUACUUCAACCCUAACAGCCAGAUUGAGGUCGAUAUAAGGAGAUAUGAAUCAUACUACGGAAACGCAGAGAGCCUCGCACCGGUACAGACGCGAGUUGUGUACUUCCUGCAUGUGAACGGCUCGAUGGCGGACUCGCGCGAAACGCUGCCGCCAUCGGCCGGGCGUCUGCAGGACUCGCUUAACCGCGCGCGCAUGCCGGCCUGCUUCGACUGCCAGCAUCUGCGCCAGCGUGAGCUGCUCAUCAAGAACAUGGCUAACCUGACGCUCGCCAACCUCAACGCCCUCCGUUCGUCGCUCACCAUCGCCUGGGAGCUGCCGCGAACUGCAUCUGUGAAUCUAUUGGAGCCAAUGUACAACUACUUGACAAAUAAAUAUGAGAACGUGGCAAUGAUACCAUAUAUACUGACGGUAGAUGAAAAUGAUCCAAACAGAUAUCUGGAGCCUACAUCUCUGAAGGAUAUUCUCGGACGCAAUGGCAUGACAUUGUGCGACGGUGUGAGCGAGUGUGAGGUGAGCAAGCUGCACAUGCUGAAUGUGGAUAGCAAGGAUGCUCUGGCAACCACACGCAACCUGGAGACCUCCAUGGAAAACGCGUGGCGCGACGAUGUUCUGGAUGGUAAAGCAUCGGCCAAUAUUGAAUUCUACGAUGCAGUGCCUGGUAUCCUGAGCCCUGGAAGUGACUUUGUAACUCGCUACAUGUACGAUGCCAACAUCAACGGCGUUGACUCGCACCUGCAAAGCGUGUGGCCACCUGGUGUCGAGGAACUGAACUCACAGUAUCUGGACCGUGCGGGUUUCCACGCUUGCGCUUGUGAGGAGAUGACGUCAGCACCGUUUGUACCGGUGCUUGGUAGAGCCACGCUGGAAGAGAUGCCGGUCGACAAGUGGAUUGAGGUUAUUAAGAAGGGCUACAUAAUUCAAUACCCAGAUGGUGUUGGCUCGAGCUUCCGUGGUUGUUUCACGGACCGCAAUGACCGCAGAGAUCUUCCGGUGGUGAUGGGCAACAGAAAUCGGACUCCGGCUCAGUGUAUAAAAGCCUGCUUCGACGGCAACUUCACCUACGCGGGCGUGCAGAACGGCGGGGAGUGCCGCUGUGGCGACACUUAUGGGGGUUAUGGAGAAAGCAACAACUGCAACAGAGCGUGCACGGCGGACCAGAGAGAGCAGUGCGGAGGUCCCAAUGCCAACAGCAUCUUCUUCACCGGCAGCAUCAGCAAGUUAAGCGUUGAAGUCGAAAACCCACAUGUUUUUACGACCAAACUUGGGACGACCUUCACGGUGCUCUUCUUCAAAGUCACUGUCGGGCAGGAGCUGCUGCCGACCGACCCGCCGACCGGCUCCGUGUUCGAGCAGCAGAUACUGGCCGAUGGCCAGCGAUACCGUAUCAUCCCGGACGCCGACAGCUCGCUCUACGACACCGACCGCGCGUUCACCAUCUACGUGUACGGAAACUACGGCAACGGCGACAUCCCGCGCAUCGCCCGCGCGCUCAACGACGGGGUACUGCCGAGCGAGACCGUCGACGCGUCCGUGCUGUCGCUCGACCGCUACGUGACUCAGAGCGACAAGGAGCCGAUCACGAAGGUUCAGUACUACGUGACGGUGAAUGCCAACCUCCUCGACGGGCGAUUCCGGCACACGGAGAUCACGCGCGAUGCGGCGGCGGCGCUGACGGCAGCCGGGCUCGACGUGUGUCCGUGCGAGCCGGUGAGAAUUCGCAUGCUCAUCGUCAACGGCCGCUACACGCCGGACUACACAAAUCUACGCGGCUCGUCCGCGAUCAUCCAGGCUUGGCGCGAGGCCAACCCAGGUUUAGGUCUACGGGAGUACAACGUAGGCUUCGUGAACCACGAUUCAUAUACCACAGUGAACAGCAUUGGACAACCAGUCACCACCCUCAACUACUACAUAUCUGUGAAUGGCUCUGAUCCAGAACAGUUUGGGGCUGUCAUGCCAAGCUCUCUGCUUUUAGGGAAAUAUCUGCGAGACUUUGACAUACCUGUGUGUACGGAUCCAUGCUACACGACUGUUCUCUACAACGUCACCUUCCCCGGUGACACAUCACCCGAAGGGAGAGACAGGCUGCUCUUCUACAUACAGCAGGCCUGGCAGCAGGCGAAUCCAUUUGUUGGCAAGACCAUCAUAGUGGACAACGUAGACCAGACGAUAGGAUUCAUGGACAAUGGAGAGAAGGUGUUCACCGUCAGAUACUCGAUCACCGUCGGCACCGUGGAUAGCGGCGACCUCGCCGCGCUCACCGUUCCCUCCGACGCCGAGCUGACGGACGCCGUGCGACGCGGCACGGGAGCGGACCGCGACGCCGACUUCAUUGCGGCGCGUCUGCGGCAGGCGUACCUCUCCCACUACGACGCGCUGCGGGCGGCCCGCGACGUCCGCGUCGCCAUCGACGACGCGAGCGGCUACGUGGCACCCGACGGCGCCCCCGCGCGGCGCAUCUCGUACGCGGUGCUCGUCGACGGGAGCGCGUGGACGCCUCCGGCAGCGAUCGGCGACGAGACGCUGCGGAGCGCGCUGAGCGUGGCCGGACUCGACGUCUGGUACCCGUACGACGGGGUCUACGCAGAAAGCCAGCAGUUCGAGGCGACCUUCGACGGCGCGCUGACGGACGACGCGGCGGAGCGCCACCUGCUGGCUGUGUGGCGUCGCGUGUACGGCGACGCCAACGUGAACGCGUAUGUCUACCGCGUCACGCAGGGCGUGUCACCGCGAGGCUAUCCCACCACGUUGGUUCGAUACUUCCUUACUGUCAACGGACAGGUGAUCAAUCCGGGCUUCCUGCCAGAGUUCAUCCUGGAGUACGCGGGCGAGCUCACACGCUCGACGUCACCGCCCCCGCUCGAGGGAACAAUCACGAUCAACGGCGAGGUCGAGAAUCGCACUGUCAUCGUCAACGUCAUACGGCUCGUCUACGAGAGAGCGAAUCCAGGGUCCGUCGUGGUCGUGAACAUCACGUCGACGGAGCAGCAGCUCGGCGAGGAUGGCGCCAUCGUCGUCGUCGUGCGCUACGUCGUCUACAUCACCGGCGGCACAACCGCGCCCGCGAGACCCAAGAACGCGACUCUCGUGGACAAGCUCGAAGAAAACGGCUUCAAUGUUUGCGACAACUGCGGCGGUGAAGUGGUGCGUACGAUCUACGCGGCGCCGACACAGUCUGCUUUCGACCACCAGGCCCUCAAGGACGCCCUCCGCCAGCUGUGGCUUGACAACAACGCCGGCGUACUCGCGCCCGACCAGUGGCGCUACCACCUCGUCAACAUCACGAUGGGCUACCUCGCCCGCAGCCACCAGCCCGUCGUUCGCAUCGACUACGUCGUCGUCACCAACCCGCCGCGAGGGGGCGCCGCCGUGCGGCCGCCGACCACCGCGCAGCUGCAGGUGGCGCUGCGCGCGAUCGGCCUUGCGCAGUUCCCCGCUGGCGACGUCUACGGACUCGACUACAAGUUUGGGAUGCGGCUCCCCGGCGCGCGCAACCUCACCGUGGCGACGCGACUCGUCGGUGACGCGUGGCGUGCCCUGCGUCCGCGCGCUCGUGUCGACGUGAUCGUCGUCGACCCGGAGGAGCGGCGGGGCGGCGCGACGACGCUGCGCUACUACCUGUCACUCGACGGCCGGCUCGUGCAUCCGUCCGAGGUCGGGCCGCUGGAGCUCGCGCAGCUCACGCGCUGGCUGGCGACGCACGGCCCCACGGUGGAUCACGUCGUGGAGCAGCGGCUGAGCGUGCCGGGGAGGCACCAGCCCGACGCGCGCUCGCGCGACGCCGUCACGCUGCUGCUGAGGAACGCCCUCGAGGCAAAGUACCCAGGUGCGACUGUGAGUAUCGAGAGCGUGGAGCAGUCGGUGCAGGGGCUGGACGGCCGCUCGUUCACCGUGAUCCGCUACCGCGCCGUCGUCAAGUCGGAUGAUCCCAACCUGACGGUCGACCCGCCCAGCUCCGCGAGUCUCGUCGAAUCGCUGCUGCGAUACUUCGCCGGACCUCAGUGCGAGUCCUGCACGAGUCACAAGGCGUUCCCGCUGUAUAUCGUGACAAACAUGACCAUGCUGUCCAUCCAUCGACAAGCAAUCGCCGAUCUGCUGACGAACGCCUGGAGGCAGUAUAACACUGACACUCUCUCUCGCCUUCCCUGGAAAAUAGAGAUCCUCAGCAAUGUCACCGUUGGCUACAUCACCCAGGAAGGCACAGGCGUCCUCGCGCUCUACUACCAGGUGUCUCUGCCAGACGGCUAUGAUCCGACGACGGACCUCACCCAGCCUCCGCUCACCGACAUCGCGGCCGGGCUGAAACGCCUCGACGACAUCACCCUCGUCGAUGCCGGGCAGGUGUUCAAGGAAGACUACCAGCUGUCGGACGUCGUUUGCGGCGCGCCGGAUCUUAAAGCCGCCGCUGACAAGCUCGCGUCCGCCUGGGCGCAGAUACUGGGCCAGAUUCCCAGUCGUACUGUGAGAAUACAAGUGUUCGUUGUGAGAAUGGAAGAGACAACGAGAGCACGCGGACAAGAGGAGACGCCUAGUGUUUAUUAUUUGAAGGUUGAUGACAGCAUCAGGCACCCGUCGUCUCUGACGACUUCGGACCGUGGCAGGGUGGCAGCACUGCUGCUCCAGUGUGAUGACGACACAGCCGACAGGCAAUCUGUCGUUCAGCACUCGCUGCGUAUCGUUGGCAAGCGGGUGAUCAAUCCCAGCGAUGCUCUCGCCUCAUCUAUCAGUGUCGCCAUCAAGGACGUGUGGCAGAUGGCAAACCCAGGUAAAACGAUCACAGUGCGCGACGUACAAGUAGGCAAUCAGAACCCUCUCGUUAUCACGUACGAGGUCUCGGCGACAGUCGGCCCGGAUGAGAAUCUGCAGCAACCACCGCUGCAGCUACUGCAGGACCGCGUGUUGAGGCUUAUUCCAGGCCUCGGCUGCACUCGACAGAUCUGCUCACAGACACGGCCGGAGACGAUCUAUGUGCAGACAGACGCCGUGACGAACAUCAACCGCCGCUUGCUCGAGCGCGUGCUCUCGUCCGCGUGGGCCGCGCGCAACCGCCGCAUCCUCGACGUCACGCCCUGGGACCUGAAGCUCGGCGAAGUCAGCGGCGGCUACGUGAGCGCGGCCGGCCGCCCCGUCGUUGCUGUGCGCUACGACGUGCUGCUGCCGGAGACUGUGCGCAUGAGUCGGCUCGCGACGCCCCGCAUCCAGCAGCUGACGGCUCGCCUCGCGCGCCUCGGCCUCGUCCCGCUGCCGCGCGCGCAGGUGUUCGGCGAGGAGUACCGACUGCGCGACGACGUCCCGCGCUCGCUCCCGGCUGCGCGUCGCGUCGACCGCGUCGCCGCCGCGUGGUCGCACGUGCUCGCGAACCGCGGACGCGUCACCGAGGUGAGGGUCGUUGCCAUGGACGCGACGCCGUCGACGACAGAGGAUGGCGCGCCGGCGACCACCGUCGCCUACUACCUGUGGGCGGACGGCGAGAUCGUGCGGCCGGCGUCGCUGCACGCGGAGGAUCGCGCGGCGGCGGCGCGCCUCAUCUGGACGGGCGUACAGUUCCGCACGGUGGAGGUGCCCGGGUCGUUGACGCUGCGUGGUCUCGGCUCGAGCGUGAACGAGUCGGUGCUGACGCGCGCCCUGCUCGCAGCCUGGCAGCAGAGGAAUCCGACUAAGGUGAUUGUCGUCAAUGCUGGUCAGUACAACCAGCGGCCUGACACGGUCUCCAUGACAUACAACGUGCUAGCUAACAUCACCGUCGGGGCGUCUGCCACCUUAAGCGCUCCCUCCGAUCAGGAUGUGAGAAUCCAGAUAGCACUUCUCAUGGGUGGCUUCGACUGCCAACCAGAUAUCUGCACAAACACGUGCUAA